CAACAACAACAGACCCUCCUUUAAUCAGAGGGGACUCGAACAGCCGAGUAGAGGGAACAAACAACGACUCAACACAAAACCACAAGAACCAUCGUCUUCAUUAUGGAGUUUUUGCGAUUUGGGAUGCUGGAGGAUGAUGAGGAUGACGACGUGGACGCAGCGACUCAGUACAUGAUUGAACAAAGUCUUCUGGAGAGCAACAAACAGAAGGAAUCUAAGAAACCAAGGUCCUCCGGGCCAGAGUCUGCAGACUGCAGCCCGAUCUUCACUGCUAUAAGACAAGGGAACCAGAAGCUCUUGGAGGAUCUUAGUGUACGACAGAGGGACAAGUUUUUAAAGACAGACGGCCGAGGUUGGACUCCUCUGCAUGAAGCAGCAGCUCAGAGCAACCAAACCAUCCUGGAGCUCACAUUCAAAGUUUCAGGCUCAGGCUCCCUGGAGAGUCGCACUCUUCGUGGUCAGACUCCUCUCUUCCUGGCAGUAGAAGGAGGUCUGAUAGAAAACGCCUCCUUCCUCCUUGAACAUGGAGCCAAGCCGGACACUCAGGACCAGGACCAAGACUCCCCGCUGCUAGCAGCGAUCCGUUCAGACCGGGAUGACCUGAUGAAGCUGCUGCUCCAGCAGGGCUCCAGGGUGAACCAGGGGGGCUGCCACAGCCGGCGUCCCCUCCACGAGGCCGUACAUCUGGGUAAGACGCCACUGGUGACUCUGCUGCUGGAGGCCGGAGCCGAGACAGAUCCUCGGAGUGACUACGGCCUCACGCCGCUGGCUCUGGCUGUUCAGGCCGGACACCUGGAGGUGGUGGAGACGCUGCUGAGGAGAGGUGCGGACGUCCUGUCCCAGGCGCAGGACGGGGCCUCCAUCUUGUACGAGGCGUGUUCUUCAGGAGAUCUGGAGGUCAUCAGUCUGCUGCUGGAAUACGGCGCCGACGCCAACGUGGCCAAACAGACGGCACACAUGCCGAUCCACCGUGUCGCACACAGAGGACACCUGCAAGCUCUACAGCUGCUGAUUCCAGUCACUUCUAAGACCGAAGUCUAUGACAGCGGGACAAGUCCUCUACACUCUGCUGCUGCAGGAGGACAUCCACACUGCAUCAAGGCCUUGCUGGAUGCAGGUUAUGACCCAAACUACAUGCUUCAACCCUGGGCUCGGCGUGGUUAUGAUGAUGAGAGGAAGUCAGCGCUCUUCUUCGCGGUCUUAAAUAACGACGUGCCGUCCGCCACACUGCUGCUGGAGGCCGGGGCCAUGACCAACCAGGACCCAAUCAAAUGUCUGCAGAUUGCCCUGCGUGUGGGCAACUAUGAGUUGAUCAACCUGUUGCUGAGGUUUGGAGCCAACGUCAACUAUUACUGCAAAAUAAACACGACACACUUCCCAUCGGCCCUGCAGUACGCUCUCAAAGACGAGGUGAUCCUCAAGAUGCUGUGUAACUACGGUUACGAUGUGAAGCGCUGCUUCGACUGUCCCUACGGCAACGGCUCCCACGUCCCUGAGGACUACGAGGGAUGGAGCAGCACUGUGAUCAAAGACGCCAUGUUCUGCGAGGUGAUCACCGUCCGCUGGCUGAAGGGAAUCUCAGGUCAGGUGGUUCGUGUCAUGUUGGACUACCUGGAUCAUGUGCCCUUGUGCUCCAAGCUGAAGGCUGCUGUGAUGGAGCAGCAGCAGUGGCCCGACAUCUGCAGUCUGCAAGAGAACGCUCGCUGUCUGAAGCAUCUCUGUCGUCUGCAGAUCCGUCGCUGUCUUGGUCGCCUCCAUCUGAGGUCACCCGUCUUCAUGAGCUCCUGCCGUUGCCGGGGCGACUGA